AGAAUUCUGACUUUUUUCUCAGAAUUCUGAGAUUAAAGUCAGAAUUCUGACUUUUUUCUCAGAAUUCUGACUUUAAUCUCAGAAUUUUGAGGUGGGCACCUGCAGGCUUCCAGCUUCAGUGACAGCGAUGUGUCCAGUUUGGCAGGUGGAGAACUAAUUCACUAAAUAUGGUGGAUAUAAGUGAUUUUUUGCGUGGCCGAGGGGUCCCCGAAGAUGCUAUUUUAUUAAUGGAAGAGCAGAAGAUUGACUGUGACGUCAUAGCACUGAUGGAUGACGCAACUUUGGCAAACUACAUUCCCUCGUAUGGAGACCGAAUUGCCCUCUUCAAUUUCUGCAAAAGCAAGCAACCACUGUCAAAAAGAAAACUAGGACUUCUGCAAAAAUUUCACCUCUCGAAGUGAGAGAAACAGUCGCUGACAUGUCAGAUUUGGAUGACUUAAUAAGACUGUAUUUCAGACUUUCCUUCAGUAACAAAGAAAUACUUUCAAUUUUAGCACAUAGUCAUCAGACAAUUAUGAGUGUUCGAACUCUAAAGAGAAUUUGUAAAAGACUUGGGCUUUUUAGAAGGAAGAAUCAAUCAAACUUGGAGGAAGUGCUAGCCUUUGUCCAACAACAGAUCAUGACAAAUGGACAGAUGCAAGGUUAUCGUUGGCUACAUCUUCGUGCAAUUCAACAUGGAUUUGUGGUGUCACAAGAUACUGUAAGAUGCAUAAUCAAAUUGGUUGACCCUCAAGGUGUGGAACUGAGACGAGCUCGACGGUUGAGAAGACGUCAGUACAGCUGCAGAGGGCCAAAUGCUCUCUGGCACAUGGAUGGCUAUGACAAGUUGAAACCAUAUGGUAUUGCUAUCAGUGGCUGCAUAGAUGGUUUUAGCCGCUAUGUUUUAUGGAUGGAGGCUUAUACCACAAACAAUGACCCUAAAUUGAUUGCAAGUUAUUUUCUGAAAACAGUUUCAUGCAUCAAUGGAUGUCCAGAGAGGUUACGUGCUGACCGAGGUACAGAAAAUGGUUGUGUCGAACAAAUGCAGAUGUUUUUACGGAGAAACCACACAGACAGUUUUGCAGGUGAGAAAAGUUUCCUUUACGGAAGAAGUACAGCCAACCAACGUAUAGAAGGAUGGUGGACUACCCUACGCAAACAGAGUGCACAAUUUUGGAUGAACUUAUUUCAAAGUUUUCAGGAUGAUGGCCACUUCACAGGGGAUUUUUUGGACAAAGGUCUUAUCCAGUUCUGCUUUCUCAAUCUUAUUCAGGAUGAACUUGAUGAAGUUGUGAACACAUGGAACUCACACAAAAUCCGGCCAAGUGGUAGUGCAGCAUCGGGUCGACCAGUAGUAAUGUACUCAUUUCCAGAGCUGCACAGUGCUGAGGACAGACUGAAACCUAUUUCUAUGGAGGAUAUCACUUUGUGUAUGGAAGAGUGUAGCCCAAAAGGUCAAUACCCCUGUGAUGAAACAGUCUUUGAACUGUGUUGUCUGCUUAUGGUAGAAAAUGAAUGGGAUGCCCCAGGAGAUCCACUUGGUGCUACAGAUCUGUAUAUUAGGUUAAGAGAAGAAAUACUGCAAAGUAUUUAAGAAACUUCAGUGUGUAAAUGUACAAAUAAAUACAAAAUAUUUCUCUUUA